UCUUCAAAAGAAUGAGAAAUGGCAAACUGUGGACGUUAGUUCAUGUGCCAUGCGAGAACAACAAGGAUUUAUUUGUGAAAGUAAUACAUUUGAGACCCAAGAUAUCUGUUUUGACACUGAACAAAAUAUCUGCCACUUUGAGGUCCAACCUGGUAGGAUGUUCGAAUCAAUGCUUGUAUAUAUUGGAAAAGGAUGUGCUUGCAUCAGAACUCAUUGCGACUCCAUACAAAUAGGGGAUAUGAUUGUUGAUACUACCAAUCACUCAAAUCUUUGUGUUUGCAAUUUUAUCAAUAUUUUAGGAUGUGAUUUUAACUAUACAGUUCCUGUUACUUCAUAUCAGCUUUUGCAGUUCAAUUACACUCUGAUCAAAGAUUUGCGUCCAGCGCUGAUUGGGAUGAAUCUCGCUUUGGUAAAGGAGCUUCUACAACAUGAUGAUCUACAUCAACUAUUAGAACGCAUCAAAGACAAUGGACAAAAGACGUUGAUUACUGUUCAUCAUGACGUGAAAAAGAUACAUCGCAUCUUGGAGAGAGUAAUGAAGGCUGGAGAAUAUCACUGGUGGGAGGUUCUUUUCGGUUGGUCUCCCACAGCAACGGGAAUAUUUAACUCUAUACUACAUCCGGUAGUUGUUAUAUUAGGUUUAAUAGUAUUAUGCUUGGUUCUUAUAGUUAUAAUAUAUAAAGACAUGGCGCUUGCUAAAGCAAGUGUCCCAGCUUGAUUUAGCAUUAAAUAGGGAUACACUGCAUUGUUUCUUGUAAGACUUAUCUUAAGGCUGAUAGAUGGUUGUAACGUUAAGGUAGAACUUAUAUAAGAUAUUAAGAUUUUAGGAUUGUUAAGAUAAUAGGUUGUCAUUAAGUUAAUAGAUUAUAGGGUUAUAUAGGUUAUAGGGUUAUUAGGAUAGGAUAUUUUGCGAAUCGGGUUGUAACGGGGCAAGGCUUAACCGAGAGGACAAUGGCAUGUAUAGGCGCAAUGCGGGGAUUUCGGGGUGUACGCGGUUAGGGUCCUCUCGAGUUGUAGUAUGCUUUCUUGAGCAUGGAGAGGGGGAGAUGUUGUCAGCAACUGCGAAACUGCGAGACCCCCCCGCG